AGAGUUAGUACAAUUGAUUAAGGAAUUAAUUGUUUCAGAUUUUACAAGCAUUUUUUCAAUAGUUUCUUUCUUUUGUACUCACACCCCAUUUGUGAAUGCAUAUUUAUCACUAUUAGCGAGACGACCAGGAUUGCGUGCUUAUGCACUAGAUGCGUGGCUCACAUCGUGGGAUUAAGUCCGAAAUCUCAACGUUUUUGAUAGUGUCUUUAUUUAAAAUAUGUAUAUAGGUGUAUGAAGCUAAAUAUCGUUCCCUUGGUGGGUAUUCAUUAAAUUUUUAAGAUUUAUCACGAAAAUAAACAUCGCAAAUAUUUUUUUUGCUAGCUUUCAAUUUGUAAUAGCUUUUGGGUUCACAUUAAUUAACUUACACGGUAACAACAUCUCAUAUGUUCAUCUGAUGUGCAACCCUGCCAUAUUAUUUUUUUGCGAUGAGAUCCAUACUGAUAAGUGAAUCUCAUGACGUCAAGAACAGAUAAGUGGAAUCUGUAUACAACCUACUUCAAAUAUUUUCCCCACAACCAACUCAUUCGCACAAGUCUGCUUCGCACGUCAUUACUAACACAUUAAACAGCAAAAUAUAAACUAUUCGGUGCGAUGAAGUUCUACAUACUUUACUGGAUCUUUGCCAUCCUGCAGUGCGCCACCCUUCAGGACGCUUUGACAUCCACAACUGAACCCUCGGAAUUCAAAUGUCCGUCGCAUUGUGAUUACUGUUCUCACCAAAUCUGCCACCAAUACUUUACAGAAUGGCACUAUAGAGACAGCCUUCCGGGAUGGGUGGGUUUGAUAAUGGGGACUUCAGUCGCAGUCGGAAUUGCGAUUAUCGUCGGUAUCAUACUUUGCUCGUGUUUCUGCUGCCGCUGUUUCUGUUUUGCAUCGUACCCGAGACAGAACGAUCCCAAGAUGCACGUUGUUUAUCAUACUGACGAAUUACUUCCGCCAGACUUUGAGCACAUCAAUUGUCACCAAGUAAACCAGUUGCCAGAGAAGUCUUGACCACUUAUUUUCAAUCUUGCGCCCUCACACAAAUACUAAUAUUAAGACACAUGCACUAUAAAAAAUUAUUUGGUUCGAAUAAAUCGGAAAAUGUACGCGUUAACCAAUUUUUAUUUGCGCAGCAUAUCCAAAAUGAGAAUAAAAUUAUGUAUACCCGAAAUACUC